GCCACAACAGCCAAUCAUCGUCCAGCGCCGCGUGACGUCAUUGGACGGGCGGAGGAGGUGCUUGAACCGGAAAAGCGGCCCUCUCCACUGCGCAGCGCUCGACGUCACUUCCUCUUUCUGCUGGCUGUGAUCGAGGCAAGAUGAAGGCGUCCGGCACUCUGCGAGAGUACAAGGUGAUCGGGCGUCUGCUGCCCUCGCCCAAGAACCCGACGCCCCCCCUCUACCGUAUGCGCAUCUUCGCGCCCAACCACGUGGUGGCCAAGUCCCGCUUCUGGUACUUUGUGUCCCAGCUGAGGAAGAUGAAGAAGGCGUCCGGGGAGACCGUCUACUGCGGCCUGGUCCACGAGAAGACGCCCCUGAAGGUGAAGAACUUCGGCAUCUGGCUGCGUUACGACUCGCGUAGCGGCACGCACAACAUGUACCGCGAGUACCGGGACCUGACCACGUCCGGAGCCGUCACCCAGUGCUACCGCGACAUGGGCGCCCGCCAUCGCGCCCGCGCCCACUCAAUCCAGAUCAUGAAGGUGCAGGUGAUCCCCGCCAGCAAAUGUCGCAGGCCCGCCAUCAAGCAGUUCCACGACUCCAAGAUCAAGUUCCCGCUCCCCCAUCGGGUCCUGCGCCGCCAGCACAAGCCUCGCUUCACCACCAAGAGACCCAACACCUUCUUCUAGACGGGGCGCUCGCUCCGACCACAAAAUAAAGAUGUUCUCCCGCUUUGGAA